GUGGCCGCUUGUAGGGGGAUGGAAAAAACGGAGGCUUAAAAAAAAAUCAUGCUGCUGAAAUUUCAGCAAGAGGGGAAAAGAGAGAGCGCGUGAGAGAGAGAGCGAGAGAGGGAGAGGGAGGGAGACAACACAGCAGUCCCAGGCUUUCUCGUCUCCUUCACGUCAGAGGUAGGAACCGACUGUGCUAAGGCUGUUGGCUCAACACGCAGAGACGGAGAAAGGUGCAGACACAGAGAGUGGGAGAAGGGGGUCCUCCUGACCCAAGGAAUUACCACUAGUGGAGUAAAGCCGCCAGACUUUCUGAUCUUAUUUUGGUUGCCUCCUCUUUCUCUUUCCACUCUAGCCAGCUUGGGUUUCAUUUCUUUCGUGGAGCCUCCUCUCUUCCUCCCAGAAAAGGAGGAAGAGAAGGGAGAGAGAGGUGGGUUCUCUAGGUGAGCGUAUCAGCUGGCUCCAGCCCGCACAGGCAAGAAUUCUCUUCGCAGGAAGCUCCUCUUACUCCCCUGCCGCCCACCCCGAGCCCGGUGGCCGUGUCAUCGUAACUGCACAGAGGCCGGGUCCCUUUGGGCAUUAGGAUUACAGAACGUGCGGGAAAGAGAGACCAUCGAAGGCGCCAUCACUGAAGAUCCCCGCCACGCCACUCUGCGUGCUGCGGGCUGGCCUUGAACCCGGAGCUGUGCUGAGAGGAUGGGGGCGGACGCGGAAACAGCCAUCCUGAAGAACAUGCUCAUUGGCGUCAACCUGAUCCUUCUGGGCUCCAUGCUCCAGCCCUCCGAGUGUCAGCUGGAGGCCCCCACGGAAAAGGUGGAGAGAUCAGCCGUGGAGGAAGAGGGAGGCGUCGCCAGCUACAACGCGUCCGACAAAGAGCCGCCCGUGGUCUUCAGCCACGUGUAUAGCAUCAACGUGCCCCUGGACAGCCUCUGCUCCUCGGGGCUGGAGGCCUCAGCCGAGCAGGAGGUGAGUGCAGGAGACGAGGCACCGGCAGAGUACCUGGGCCAGACUUCCGACCCGGAGACCCAGGUCACCUUCACCCACAGGAUCAACCUCCCCAAGAAGGCCUGCCCGUGCGCCGGCUCGGCCCAGGUGCUGCAGGAGCUGCUGAGCCGGGUGGAGAUGCUAGAGAGAGAGGUGUCGGUGCUGCGGGACCAGUGCAAUGGUAACUGCUGCCAGGAAAGCGCGGCCACAGGACAGCUGGACUAUAUCCCUCACUGCAGUGGCCAUGGCAACUUUAGCUUCGAGUCCUGUGGCUGCAUCUGCCAUGAAGGCUGGUUUGGCAAGAACUGCUCAGAGCCCUACUGCCCGCUGGGCUGCUCCAGCCGGGGUGUGUGUGUGGAUGGCCAGUGCGUCUGCGACAGUGAAUACAGCGGCGAUGACUGCUCCGAGCUCCGGUGCCCAACGGACUGCAGCUCCCGGGGGCUCUGCGUGGACGGGGAGUGUGUCUGUGAAGAGCCCUACGCAGGCGAGGACUGCAGCGAGCUGAGGUGCCCCGGGGACUGCUCGGGGAAGGGGAGAUGCAUCAAUGGUACCUGCUUAUGCGAGGAGGGCUACGUUGGUGAGGACUGCAGCCAGCGGCGGUGUCUGAAUGCAUGCAGUGGGCGAGGACACUGUCAGGAGGGGCUCUGCUUCUGCGAAGAAGGCUACCAGGGACCCGACUGCUCGGCAGCUGCCCCUCCAGAGGACUUGCGAGUGGCUGGUAUCAGCGACAGGUCCAUUGAGCUGGAAUGGGACGGGCCGAUGGCAGUGACGGAAUAUGUGAUCUCUUACCAGCCGAUGGCCCUGGGGGGCCUCCAGCUCCAGCAGCGGGUGCCUGGAGAUUGGAGUGGUGCCACCAUCACGGAGCUGGAGCCAGGUCUCACCUACAACAUCAGCGUCUAUGCUGUCAUUAGCAACAUCCUCAGCCCUCCCAUCACUGCCAAGGUGGCCACCCACCUCUCCACUCCUCAAGGCCUACGGUUCAAGACGGUCACAGAGACCACGGUGGAAGUGCAGUGGGACCCCUUCUCCUUCUCCUUCGACGGGUGGGAGAUCAGCUUCAUUCCAAAGAACAAUGAAGGAGGGGUGAUCGCCCAGCUCCCCAGUGAUGUUACAUCCUUCAACCAGACAGGACUGAAGCCUGGGGAGGAGUACACCGUCAACGUGGUAGCUCUGAAAGAGCAGGCCCGGAGUCCCCCCACCUCAGCCAGCAUCUCCACGGUCAUUGAUGGGCCCACACAGAUCCUGGUUCGAGAUGUCUCUGACACGGUGGCCUUCGUGGAGUGGACCCCUCCUCGAGCCAAAGUCGACUUCAUUUUCUUGAAAUAUGGCUUGGUGGGCGGGGAAGGCGGGAAGACCACCUUCCGGCUGCAGCCUCCCCUGAGCCAGUACUCAGUCCAGGCCCUGCGGCCCGGCUCCCGUUACGAGGUGUGGGUCAGCGCUGUCCGUGGGGCCAACGAGAGCGAGGCCACGACCACCCAGUUCACAACAGAGAUUGACGCCCCCAAGAACCUGCGGGUCGGUUCCCGCACAGCGUCCAGCCUUGACCUUGAGUGGGACAACAGUGAAGCGGAGGUGCAGGACUACAAGGUCGUGUACAGCACCCUGGCGGGCGAGCAGUACCACGAGCUGCUGGUCCCCAAGAGCUUCGGCCCUACCACCAGAGCCACCCUCAACGAUCUGGUACCUGGCACUGAGUAUGGAGUUGGAAUAUCCGCCGUCAUGAACUCACAGCAAAGUGUGCCAGCCACCAUGAAUGCAAGGACGGAACUCGACAGUCCCAGAGACCUCAUGGUGACAGCCUCCUCAGAGACCUCCAUCUCGCUCAUCUGGACCAAGGCCAGCGGCCCCAUUGACCACUACCGAAUUACCUUUACCCCUUCCUCCGGGAUCGCCUCGGAAGUCACCGUGCCCAAAGACAGGGUCUCGUACACACUGACAGACCUAGAGCCUGGGGCAGAGUACAUCAUUUCAAUCACCGCCGAGAGGGGCCGGCAGCAGAGCUUGGAGUCCACUGUGGAUGCCUUCACAGGCUUCCGCCCCAUCUCCCAUUUGCACUUUUCUCACGUGACCUCCUCCAGUGUAAACAUCACCUGGAGUGACCCAUCCCCUCCGGCAGACAGACUCAUUCUGAACUACAGCCCCCGGGAUGAAGAGGAAGAGAUGAUGGAGGUCUCCCUGGAUGCCACCAAGAGGCAUGCUGUCCUGAUGGGCCUGCGGCCAGCCACCGAGUACAUCGUGAACUUGGUGGCAGUUCAUGGCACGGUGACCUCUGAGCCUAUCGUGGGCUCCAUCACCACAGGAAUCGAUCCCCCCAAAGACAUCACAAUUAGCAAUGUGACCAAGGAUUCACUUGUGGUCUCCUGGAGCCCUCCUGUUGCCUCUUUUGAUUACUACCGAGUAUCAUAUCGGCCAACACAAGUGGGACGGCUGGACAGUUCAGUGGUGCCCAACACUGUGACAGAAUUCACCAUCACCAAGCUGUACCCAGCUACCGAGUAUGAAAUCAGCCUCAACAGCGUGCGGGGCAGGGAGGAAAGUGAGCGCAUCUGUACUCUGGUGCACACAGCCAUGGACAACCCUGUGGAUCUGACUGCGACCAACAUCACCCCCACGGAAGCCCUGCUGCAGUGGAAGGCACCCGUGGGAGAAGUGGAGAAUUACGUCAUUGUUCUCACGCACUUCGCAGUUGCUGGAGAGACCAUCCUGGUUGAUGGAAGCAGUGAGGAAUUCCAGCUUAUCGACCUGCUUCCUAGCACCCACUAUAUCGUCACUAUGUAUGCCACCAGUGGACCUCUCACCAGUGGCACCAUCAGCACCAACUUCUCUACCCUCCUGGACCCUCCUGCAAACCUGACAGCCAGUGACGUCACCAGACAAAGCGCCUUGAUCUCCUGGCAGCCUCCCAGAGCGGAGGUUGAGAACUACAUCUUGACCUACAAAUCCACCGAUGGAAGCCGCAAGACUGCCCCCCACAAAUGUGCCCCCUGCAAACCCACUUCUGGGAGAAACAGAUCUAAGUCCUGGUGGCCAGAGGUGGUCACCUGUGCGUCUGUGGAGCAGCACACUGCUCUGCAGUUCGAGAGAGGCCCGCUGAGCCUGUUCUCAGAGGGAGGGGGCCGGGUGUUCCCUCAUCCUCAAGACUGUGCCCAGCAUUUGAUGAAUGGAGACACUCUGAGUGGGGUCUACACCAUCUUCCUCCACGGAGAGCUCAGCCAGAAGCUACAGGUGUACUGCGACAUGACCACGGACGGGGGCGGCUGGAUUGUGUUCCAGAGGCGGCAGAAUGGCCAAACGGACUUUUUCCGAAAAUGGACUGAGUACCGAGUUGGCUUCGGGAACCUGGAGGACGAGUUUUGGCUGGGGCUGGACAACAUACACAGGCUCACGUCCCAGGGCCGCUAUGAGCUGCGUGUGGACAUGCGGGACGGCCAGGAGGCCGUGUUCGCGCACUACGACAAGUUCUCCGUGGGGGACGGCAGGAGCCUGUACAAACUCCACACAGGAGCCUACAAUGGCACUGCAGGGGACUCCCUCAGCUAUCAUCAGGGACGCCCUUUCUCCACCGAGGACAGAGACAAUGACAUUGCCGUUACCAACUGUGCCCUGUCAUACAAGGGAGCCUGGUGGUAUAAGAACUGCCACCGGACCAACCUCAACGGGAAGUACGGGGAGUCCAGGCACAGUCAGGGGAUCAACUGGUACCACUGGAAGGGCCACGAGUUCUCCAUCCCCUUCGUGGAGAUGAAGAUGCGCCCCUACAGCCCCCGUCUCACGGCGGCGAGGAAACGGCGGUCCUUGCGUUUCUGAGCAGCGGGCGGCCGCGAGCCAACUGACCUUUCCUGUCAUUCGUUUGUAUUUUAUAAUCUGAAGCGAGGGGUGGGGGGUAAUAGUCAUGUGCUUCUCAACAUAGUCUGAGUGUCAGAAGGAAGCAGGAAGCAGCAGGCAUCCGUUGAGAACCAGCCGCGCGUGGUUCCUGCUGCCCCCAGGCCUGACCCCCACUCCAUUCUUCCUCCCACCCAGCCGCCCUUAACCUUCCCCUCUUCUCCCACCAAAGGAGGAAAAGUGAGACGUUUUCGUAAAAGACCAAUUCAAAGGCAAGCCCUGGAGUCAGGUUGCCAUGGUGACAGGCACGUGCCUUCUUUCCGUCCGAGCCGCGCUUCACUUCCAGCUAUCUGUGCUCUGGUCACGGCCUUCCAGUGGCCGAGUCCUCACACCAGCCCAUGGAAGAAGCCUCUGCAAGAGAGCUUUGCGAACCCCUCCCCUUACGAGGAAACAGUACCCUCACCCCAUCCCAGCAACCCAAGUCCUCUUUCAUGGGCCAAAGAUUCUCACCUCACAACACUCUGACUCUACCAGCCAAGUGGCCUCUGGUACUUUUCAAGAGUCGUAGGCUCCCCUCCAGCCCGUCAGUCCAUCCUACCCUCAGAGCCCCACAAACCCAACCAGCGUUUUGGAUAAUAAUUCCCAAGGCAUUCGUUGUCCGUGACUGUGUCCCCGUGGGUCAUAAGUCACUGUCCCCACCCUCAGUUCAGACAUACAGGAACCUUCUUUGGGGCUGGGAUGGGGAGAUGGUUGUCACUUUGGGGGUCAGGCAUUGAGGGAGGACAGAAGUAGAAUUCAGGGCACCUGCCAUUGCGAUUCCAGAUCCCAUGGGGAACACUGGUCUUAGGUAGCUCCAUUUUCUCUCUUUCUCAUCCUAUUUGUCAUGAAUUUUUGUUUCUCGAUUGCAAACUGAAGGCCUCACUCCUAUCUCCAGCCAGGCUGUCCUUUGUGUGGGCAGCUAACAAGAGUCAGAAGGGGUUACAUGACCAGCCAGCCAUUCCCCUGAUAGUCUCUGGGAAGAGGUGGCAUUUGGGGGUUUUGGUUUCUGUUUUUUCCUCUUUUUUGGUCCUGUGGGAAACAGGAACGACCUCCUUGAUGAGGUGAGGUCAUCAGCAGCCUUUCUCCAUCUCCUUUUAUUAUCCUGCCUUUGAAAGGAAAAAUGAAAAGCGCCAGGGGAAAUUACAUCCAGAAAUCCAAAGGUGAAUAGGUGAGGGCUGUGGGCCUACCUCCCGUUUUACGAGAUGUGCUCUCUUCACGAGCAUGAUUUUACUUUUAAGUCCAAGAGAGCUGGAGGCUCGAGAAGCCAUGUCCUUUCCACUUCUCCAAAUCAAAUGUUGGCUGCAACCAUCCCUACAGCAUCUGCCGAAAUCCAUGUCCAGUUUCCCCAGCUGCCCUCUCCCUUUCCUCAAGGUCUCACUCAGUUCCACCUUCUGUAAUGCCCACAUUUACUCAAACAAACAGGAAUCUUGGUGCCUUUCCCAACCAGUUACGGGAUGAGCCUGAGAGUUAGCAAUUUUCUAAGGGAAACAUCUACAAUUUAACCAGGAAAGGGCAGUCCCUCAGGCUGAUGAUGACACCUGUGGUGAUAUGGGAUGACAUCAGCGACCACUCGCUGUAGGCACUCUCCCAUUAGCAGGCCUCCAAGGUCUCGCUCACAGCUGUGGUGUGGGUGUGACUGACAUACCUGGUGCUGGGAAACAGGUGAUAUUUUCAUUUCUCAGUUCACCGUGGGCGUCAAAACAACGAGGAGAAGGGGGGGAGAAACAAUCCUUUCGAGAAACCUGUAAAUUAAACAAGAUUGAACUAGAGUGGGACGCCAAGGACCAUCAAUGAAGCUCACUGAAUGGGGGGCUAGGGGCUAAGGUAGAGGCCCACCUCCGCCAUUUUGCUUGCUCUACGACAUCAGGGAGCUUGCUUCACCUCUCGGGGCCUCCGUUUUUUUUUCACCUGUUGCAUGGAAGAUUAGCCUAGAAUGGCUUCUAACUUUCCUUUCCACUUGGGCAGUCAGUACUGCUCGUCCCUGAGUAGAAACUGGCAUGGGUGAGAGAGCACAAUUAAGUAAUGAAAAUUCACCAGAGCCCUGUUUUAUUUAGGCAGGGAGGGAGGGAGAUUCAGAAGUCAUAACACACACACACAAGAAAACACUGCAGAAAAUAUUAUGCCAAGAGGCUGAACUCAUUUUGUCCCUGAAAGCAGAGCCCAGGGACCUGGGUGGUGCCAAUACAGACCACCUCAUCAAGGGAACUGAAAUGGAAAAGGAUUAUAGGUCCUCGUGUCGUUGUUCAGGGGAAACCUGAAUCUGCCUCUCAUUGGAACCAUCUUACCCUGUGGAACACUUCUAUAAAUAGCCUCAGCAGCAUUGCUGAGAUUCAUUUUAAAGAAUUUUAAAGCAAGAAAGGGACUUCAAAGAUUAACUCACCCAAUCUUCUGUAAAAGGAUUUAUAGAUUCCUUUUAUACAGUGGAGUGCUUUUCUCAAGAGUUUUCACCAUUUUUAAGAGGCACUGUGCCCAUUCUCUCCCCAAGGCCCGUGGUCAACCUACUCAAAGCUUUUUACCUUUACUCACUGAUUCCUACUUAGCCUGUUCCUCCAAGCACCUGUGCUCUUGCCAAGGGUGGACCCAUUAAGCAGCAGUCACCAAGCAAUCACCCUAAGCACCAAAGUGACCCUCACAGGACACAAAAGGAAUUAGACAUGGACCCUGCCUGGGAGCAGUUUAACUGCAAACACAUCAGGAUAUGCACUUAAAAACACAAACCAAAACCUACCAAUGCACAGACUCACUGCCUAACCCAAGAUCCAGUUUUCUCCUCUUGCACUUCCUGGUCAGAGAAAGGUAGUUUUCAACACAGCAACCUCACAUUCUGCAGGGUGAUUUCUGGAAGGGAAAGGAGGUUCGUACAAAAGGGGGUUGGGAGGGCAGGGGGAUGUGAAAGACCAAUCUGUGGAAAACUGCUGGCCUCUAGAUCAGAUUUAACUGGCAAAGGGAGACUUGCUAAGUGUCACCACAAGGGGGCGGUCACAACCCUCACCCCAUUCCUGUAACCCUGUGUGAAUUACCUUGGGGGUGAACUCACACCAAACCAGACCCAGGACCCUGUGCGAAUCUGCUGCCAACAGAUUUGCACAGGAGAUUGACUUGUAAAAACUUCCACAAACAGUUUAAUCCGCCCUACCCUUCAACAUCCACUCCCCACUCCACUCAUCAAGUGGCAAGACACCUCACACCUGCUCCCUGCCACCUGAAAACCAACCAGCUCCCUGCACACUGAAAACGAUGCUUUCAAAGACAGACCUGAAGAACCAAGGCUGCCAGUGAGGUCAGUGCCAAACCAAACAAUCCUCACCGCGUGUGGACUGUUCACAUCCAGUCCCAGAACAGAGCUGUAGAUUAAGGCACAAAAGGUCAUUAUGGGAUCUUUUCAAAGAGCUCUUUUAAAAGCAUCAGUGGAGGAAAAGUUUAUGAGUUCCUCUUUGUCCUCUCUCUGGAGAAAAAAUAACACAGUACCUGUGAGACCGGUGGAUGCACCCAGUAAAGGGGUUGAAAUAGAGUAGCUGGUGGCCUGGAUUUGCAAAUGCUCCUGGGGCUUGAAAAUACUUCAUUUUUUCUUUUAACCUCCACCCAGAAUUUCAGAAAAGUUUGAGCCACUGACUCAGGAGAUGUGCUUUUCUAUGGCUUCUUGCUCAUCGGCAGAGUCCUAUUCAAUCUAAUUCUUUACUCGCAUUUCUUUCCCUCCAAAGGGGAACUCUGCAUCUCACUGUCACGCUUAAAAUUUUGAAAAGGAACCUCUGAGUUCAGUCUCCGUAAUCCCACAGAAGCUGGGAAAGUCUGUGAUCACGUGCCUCAGAUUUGGCAAGGCUGCUGGAAGGGCCUUGGUCCUCGGAGGCCUGCAGCCCUAACCUGGGCCUGGAAGUCGCUUCUUGCACAAAGCCCCAGAUACCGGGCUCUGCUGGCCUCCCUGGGUGGCCAUUUUCCUCCAGGUAACAGUGACAGGGCGGUUCUCCGCUCUGAGCAAAGGUGAGUCACAGACAGUGCUGGCUCCUGGACUCUGCCUGCACCUUAGGGUCCCCUGGCCAUGUUGCAAAAGAUCUUUGACUAACUGCUUCCUUAAACCUUUGUUUCUUCCAUAACCCAACCCCACACAGAUGUGAGGAGGUUUUCCUCAAGUCUGGUACCACCAGGCCUAAUGGCAACUCACAGAGCAAACCAAAACCUCUAAAAAGCAAGUAGGGAAAGAACUCGGGUCUACCUGAAGAGGGUGUGUUGGUGUAGACUAGGGUCCCAUUUGAAAACAGUGGCUCCGGUUCAUCCUAAUUGUAUCCGCACUAGAUUUGCUUCUCCCCAUUCUGUGCUCUUCAAGUCUUGAGAAAGAGCUGGGAAGAAGAGAAAAUAAAACAUUAAAUAUCAAGGAACUUAAAAAACAAGCUGAUGGAUCAUUAGAGACUAAAGCAAGCUUUCCACAAAAUGGCCUGCAGUAGAAACACAGAGCCCAGGUGUGAGGGGCCCUGGUAAAGACCUUGAACUCGGGCCCCCAGCCUCCCACCAGAGGCCUGUCGGUUCACAGGCUGCCUCUGAGGAGAAAGGCAAGCCCCGGAGGCCUGUCACAGCACAGACCCAGAACCAGAAGGACUCGCCUGGCUUGCUUAGCCAACCCUGCCUGGACCUCACUUUUUCUUCCCAGGCCCAAGCCUGAUGUGUCACCUCCAGCCUUUCUGAUUAAUUUUUCAAGGUCACCCCUCGCCUGAAGCAUGACUUCAUUGUCCCAAUGUCCUUGGCAAACCUCACAGCCUUUGGACAGUGUUGUGUUUCCUGCAAACCGGAAAUCUUAGCUCACUCCCAAGCUUAACAAGGCUAUUGCAGCACAUCCAAAUAACACAGCUCUUGUUUCUCCAAAAGACUCGGCCCCCUCUGCUAAUAAAACAGCUCCUCGUUGUGGUCGGCUGUGAGGCUGGGCUGAUGCAAAAUUUCCAGUUCAGAAACAUUUAACCCUUUCAGUCUCACCAGGUCUGCUCUCCCAGAUACUGGCAUUGGCUCACUGGCCCCAUGGGCUCUUGGGGGACGGUGCAAACAUCCCAGGAGGCCUGGGACAUCUAAGCCACAGAGCAGGUUUGGGCCCAGACAAAUGCAUGGAUGAGAACUUUUUUCUCCCUGUCACUGGUGUAGCAGCCCCCAGGGAGACCCUGUGUUGCUUUUUAACAUCCUGUCAUUGAAUGCUAACAUGCUCAGUGCUGCCUCCAAGCGGCAAACAAUGGAAAUUGCCCUUCAGAGCUGGAGGGAACUCCAGAGAGACCAUCAGACCCAAAGCUCACUUCAUCCUCCAGGAAACCAAGGCCCAGAAAGGUUAGGCAACUUGCCCAGGUUCACACAGCUAAUGAGUAACAGAGCUGAGAUCAGAUCUGGCAUGGGCUUUUUAAUGUUCCUUUCCCCCAAUGAAAUGGUAUUUAUGGCACACCUACUGUUUUCCAGAUAACUGGGCUAGGAGCUCGACAUAUUACUUUGUUAAAUCCUCACCAGAACCCUGACUCAAGUUUAACCAUUUUACAAAGGAGACAGUGGAGGCACAGAAAUGUUAAGAAACAUGCCUAGAGUCACACAGCAUUAAGUAGAGCUACAAUCAGAUGCACUUUGUCUAAUUCUAAAGCCCUUGCUUUGCUACUUUAUGAGGCUACAGCCUUUUAUAUUUAUUUAGCCAAGUGGCCACCAUCUUGGAUUUGUUGAUGUUUUUCACAAAGGGGCAUCUGAUAUCACUUCCUCUCUCCUCUCCAUCUUUCAAGAAAUGGGGGUCCUUGCAUUGUUUUUGCUCCACACCUCAGAAGAUCUUUAACCUCACUUGGCAGCUCUUUUACUUUCUUGGUUUUUUGUUUGUUUGUUUUUUGUGGGAGGUGAUGGAGAGGGUCACGACAGGUUGGGAGGGGAAGGUAAAGAACACAACACAAACCCUAUUUUCCUCACUUCAAUCCUUCAAGAAUAUGCAGCCUCGUUCUCACCCAACCUUAGAAGGGUGGGACAUCCCAGUCAUUCAUCCCAAACGGGGGCAGACAAUGUAGCCAGGAUUGGUAAGGGGGGAGCCACAGAGUAAACAUGGUGGCACCUGUUCCUAGCGUAUCAGUUUUACACCUGGAUUUGAGAGGAAAAUGGUUCCAUUACUAAUAUAGUCAAACCAGUGCAGGUGAUACCAAAUGCAGAAAUCCCAUGAAUUUUUAGGCUAAAACCUGUAUGUUACACAUUAAUUUGGGCUCCCUCCUUCCAGACUCUCCGGGGUACAAAGCUGUCUUUCUUCAUGACCCCCUGAAGGAGCACAUCAGUAGAACAUUUUGAGGGCUGAGGCUAGAAGAAGGCAGGAGACGAAUUCAUUUAUUCUUUGGUUUACUUUUUCCCUCUUCCUACCUGUCCCCACCUCCUCAGUGGGCUGAGGGCUCAAAGGACAGUGGGCUAUAAUCUCAGCUCUCUUUGCCACUUUGGGGAGUUGAGAAGGAAAUCAGUUCUUGGUAACUCAUAUUUUAAGCAGCCAGGCCAAAACUCCAGAAAUGAACCCCUUUCUCUUCAUUGAACAACAUUUCUAUAUAUAGGAAUAGACAGAUCUCCUCAAGAGAGGGCUCUGCAUUUUAGGGUCCUCUUCCACAUGGGGGCUGCUUGGGCAGCAGCGACACGUGUGUGUUAGGCACACGAGACACCAUGGUUUCUGUCAGCCAAGAAAGUGCUCCCCUAUCUUCCCCACCCCGCACCCUCUCUGAGGCCUAGACUCGCACCAUAGUCCCACAGGCUCAAGGUUCAGAAUCUACAAGUUACUGUUAACACACAGACGCCUCCUUCCUAUCACCCACCCACCCAAUUAUUCCAAACUCAAAUAAGCCCCAGGCCCCGAGGAACUCCAGGCGACCUAAGCAAGACGCUGUGGCUUGGAGGAAGCCGUUCCCUGGGGCCCGGGCCGCUGAAACCCACCCUGUGGUCUCUAGAUGGUUGCCCCGAGAAAUCCCCAACACCAAGCCCUCCAGUCCCUCCGAGCUUGCGUUUGCCAUUCUAACCUUUAACAGCCUUUUCAGGUGAAAAUAACAAAGACCAAUUGACUGACUUUGUAGCUACAAUGUGCUUGGGAAAGCAUUUCCUCAAAAGGAAGGCUGGAAGAAGAAAAACAGGAAGAAAAUGGAGUACACACUCCUCGGGCGACGUACACCUUAAAGAACUAAAAUGAAAACGAAAGCCUGCAGAGGAAGGGAGCGGACAGCCCACCGUCCCCGUCCUUUCACGGCACUGUAGCUCAAAGACUGGGAAACUCCGCUCGUUAACCAUCGUUAACCAGUGUUGUUAGUCCUGAUUGCUUUUAGCCUCUGUAUAGUUCCUUUUUUAAACACAUUUUCUAUACGUUAAUAAAAGAUCCUGAAAGAA